CGCUUGCAGUUGGCCAUGCACUAUCUAACGGGCGAUAGAGCACGCGCGAAGAGGCACGGCGGAUCCUAGGUCAAUAGCGUACGGGGUCUAAGGGACAUAGCUUGUCAUGUAGCACUAGCAUGCUAUAGUUGGGUGCUUUGAGCAAGGUCUGGUAGUAUAUAUUCGUUCUUUGACCCAAAAACCUUUGUCUUCGUCUUUACCCCGUCUCUCGCUUUUCGGUCCUACCCGCGCUUUUGUUGCAACUGCCACUCGUUUCCGGUAUCAGUAACCGCAUCUCGUCGAUCGUUGAAAAAUACAUCUACCGCAUUCGCUAUACCAUAUCUCCGUUGCGCUGCAAAACUAUUCACAGCCCUCAACACCCAACCGAAAUGUCUCUCAAGUACCUCGCCCUUGCACUCGCCGCGACAGCUGCCGCUGCGCCCGGCUCUCCCUUUGAGGCUCUCGAAGCCCAGGCCUCCAACGAUAACCCAUGCGAGCCCUGCCAGCCUUCCGGCGCCACUGGUACCAACCCACCAGCAGUUGGCUCUGACCUUUCCUCGCUCUACACCGAUGUCCUCAACUCGGUGAACGGUAUCUCAUUCAGCAAGCGUGGCCUGGCCGCUCGCGCAUCGACCUCCGGCUUCUGCUGCGUUGCCUCGCUGAACUGCAUCAACGUCCAAUCACUCAACAUCCCCAUGUGCUACGAUAAAUUCACCACAAACUUCAAGUUCCCCGACGGUUCUUUCGGAUCCCUGACCACAGGAGACUACUCCUCCAAUGGCCAGAGCAUCAACCUGCUCAGCGGCGACUACUCCGGCGGAAACAUCUACUCUGCUGCGCCGCAGGACAAGCCCAACACCUCUACUCUCAGCGUGCCCCCGCAGUACACAGGAACUGGCGUCGGUGGCGCGAUCCCUGCGUCGGAACUCGGCUCUGUUAUCGUCUACACAACUACUGUCCCCGGCACAACGUUCACAGCGCCCACAACGGUUCCUGGCACUAUUCGCGCGGCGACUGUGAACGGCGUUGAGGUUAGCACAAGCAUUGCGCCUCAGACUAUCACCGAGGCUACGACUAUUGCGCCUCAGACCAACACUGUCACCACACAAGUACCUGAAGCGAGUGCGUCGUCAAGCCAGGGUGCUGGGAGUGCCGUUGGCGUUGAUUCAUCGAAGUCGUUUGGUGUAUCGGUUUUGGGCGCACUGAUGUACUUCUUGAUGUAAAGAGGAGGAUCAUUUAGAAAGAUUUUCAGUUCUGGUAUUGGGGGCGGAACUUUGGAUAUAGACUGGAUUGAUGGAGGGAUGAUACCCCGGAAUGGCUACGUGC